GUCAAAACUUACAGUAAUUAGACUAGCUAAUCAGUGUAAACGCAGAAGCUGUUUCACAGCAAUAAUAUUUCAUUAAUGACCGUCGACCGUCAACCAUACGGUAUUCCGAUAAGAAGAGACCAGUAACCAUUUUUGCCUUCCUUGUGUCUGCGAUUGUUUGUCUAGCUUAUUGCUGCAGGCUCCGUAAACAACACGAUCUUCAUUCAAGAAAGCUCCCUAUCUCUGUUGUUAUCUCAUUUUCGCAGGAAUUCCUUGGCUCAACGGCGGUGACAACAAGGAGUUUUCGUGGUAUCUUUACAUUUCCCGUCAUAUUCCGCACUCCACGUUCCACGUUAGCCCAGCGAAGAGCAAAUUAGUGCAGACCACACUGCUCUCUCGAAAGCGCUGCGUGCCACAGAUAGAAAAUCAGAUAUCUUGUUUGGAAACUUUUGCGGUACCUUUUGUGAAUUUGUCUCGGUCGAACCUUUGCCUCAGGCCAGCUCAAAAUCAUCUGUUGAAGCAAACCCAAGAACGCACGUUACAGCAGAACAGCCAACGCAUUCUCGGAAAGGCCCCUGAAACACUUGAACAAUGAACAGCAUCCCCGAUGAAGUUAAAGAGGUGCUUGGGCAGUUGACUGCCCCCCAACAAGUUGUUCUUCGAAAAUAUAUCGCAACCCUCAGAGCCGAUAUCAAGGGUUUGAAUGAAUCAGUCCUGGGCCUUAAAGACCCCGACGAGCACGCACACUACCAUGGCCAUACCAAAUGCACAGCAGACCACGGGCACUCGGGGCAUGAUCAUGAUUCCGACCAUCAUCACAAAGAACACGACCACUCUCAUGGCCACAAAGAAGAGUCACACGAUCAUGGACAUGGCCACAAAGAAGAGUCUCACGACCACGGCCAUGCCCACAAAAAAGAGUCUCACGACCACGGCCAUGGCCACAAAAAAGAGUCUCACGACGAUGGACAUGGCCACAAAGAAGAGUCUCACGACCACGGCCAUGCCCACAAAGAAAGAGUCUCACGACCACGGCAUGGCCACAAAGAAGAGGACUCACGACCACGGCCAUGCCACAAAAAAGAGUCUCACGACCAUGGCCAUGGCCACAAAAAAGAGUCUCAUGACCAGGCCAUGGAUCAUGGACAUGGCCACAAAGAAGAGUCACACGAUCACGGCCAUGCCCACAAAAAAGAGUCUCACGACCAUGGCCAUGGACACAAAGAAGAGGAGGCUCAUGGACAUGGACACAAAGAAGAGUCACACGAUCACGGUCAUGGCCACAAAAAAGAAAGAGGAGGCUCAUGGACACGGCCAUGCACACAAAGAGGAGUCGCACGGCCACGGCCAUGCGCACAAGGAGGAGUCGCACGAUCAUGGACACAAAGAACACGGCCAUGGGCACGGGCACAAAGAGCACGAGGACGACGGACACGGCGCCGAAGAAUCGCACGAUCACGCGCAUGCGCACAAAGAUGUAGAAAUGGUUGAUGCCGAGGCUGCACACGAUCACUCGCAUGCUCACAAGUCGAGUGAGACCAAAGAUGACAUUCCAGCUUGGAAAAAAGCUGCGAUGAAUGCAGAUCCAAUGGCUGCACCAUUCGGUGGCAGCUGGAAUGUUGAGACGUCUGUAUCUGCCACUGACGACAAAAUGAAAGAAUAG